CUCCCUCUUCAGAGGAAUAUUCGUUUUACUGCAUCUCUCACUCACUCUUUCUCUCCUGCUCUCUAUUCCUCUCUUCCCCCUCCUUCCCUUCUCUGCCACUGCUGCAUCACACUCUCUCCACUUGUUUUCUACAACCUUUCUUCCCUUUCAGACGCCGCUCUCAAUCUCAAUCUUCUCCCUCUUCCACUCUUUCUCUGUUUAUACAGAGGAAUGCAGUAUGUGGAAGUCUGUGGCUCUUUGGCUGUUGAUACUUGCGACUCUGCUCCGGGUAUCAGUGCAGGGUCCUCACCAGCGGUUUCUGCUCAGGGAGCUGCUCAGGGACUACAACCCCAUGGAGAGGCCGGUGGCCAACGACUCCCAGACUCUCACUGUUCAGUUCUCCUUUACUCUGAUGCAGGUCAUGGAUGUGGAUGAAAAGAACCAGAUCCUCACCACGAAUGCCUGGCUGCAGAUGCAGUGGUACGACCACUACCUCCAGUGGAACCAGUCAGAGUAUCCUGGAGUUAAAAACCUCCGUUUCACUUCUGACCAGGUCUGGACACCUGACAUAUUGCUUUACAACAGUGCUCAUGAUAAGUUUGAUGCCACGUUUAAGACCAACGUGCUGGUUAACUCCAGUGGCUUCUGUGAGUAUCUGCCUCCAGGAAUAUUUCUCAGCACAUGUAACGUGGAUGUGCGAUGGUUUCCAUUCGACAUCCAGCGUUGUGAACUGAAGUUUGGCUCAUGGACAUUUGAUGGUUGGCUGCUGGACAUCCAGAUGAAGGAGGCAGAUGUGUCAGGAUACAUGACCAAUGGAGAGUGGGACCUAGUUGAGGUCCCUGGAGGGCGUCAUGAAGUUUUCUAUGACUGCUGUGCAGAGCCCUACCCUGAUGUUACCUUUGUGGUGACGUUACGAAGAAGGACCUUGUUUUACGCUCUCAACCUCCUCAUCCCCUGUGUGCUCCUCUCCACCAUGACCCUGGUGGUCUUCCUGCUCCCCGCCAACUCAGGGGAGAAGAUCAGCCUGGGCAUCACGGUUCUGCUUUCUCUGACGGUCUUCAUGCUAAUGGUUGCAGAGAUUAUGCCUGCCACUUCAGAUUCUGUACCUCUGAUAGGGCAGUACUUUGCCAGCACCAUGGUGAUCGUCGGGAUGUCAGUAGUGGCCACAGUCAUCGUCCUUCAGUUCCAUCACCACAGCCCCAACAGUGGACACAUGCCACGUUGGGUGCACUUGGUUCUGCUGCAGUGGGUUCCAUGGUUCCUGCGGAUGAAGCGUCCAGGCGAGGGAGUGGAGCCGCCUCUUUCCAACUGCCAGACAGACCCUCAGAGCAGAACCCUGUCCUCUCCUACCACCACCACCACUACCACCACCAUCCCCACACCAGUGCCCCCCAUCCACCCUCAGAGCCUCAACUCCCUGCAGGCUAGCCUGGCUCAGCUCAACCACCCCCUGUCACACCCACCGCCCCACCGGCCCAACUCUCAGGCUGUCAUCCUCCCUAAUCCCAUCCACAGAGAUCUCAGCCCCAAUCCACAUCCACAGCCCAACGGCCAUCUGCUUUACAUGGGCUUCCAGACCUUCCAGACCACUGCAGAACUGGAGCCAGUUCCGUGGAGCAGAACCACAAGUCACGGGAGGGGUAACAGUGGACUAGGUGGAGGGGAAGUAGAGGGAGCAGCAGGCAGACCAGCUGGAGAUACACCUAUCCAUCACCACCUCCAAUCUUCCAAGUUUGGGAGCCCCCCGCAUGAAACUCCACUAUCCCCAGACCCUGACCCAUCAGGCACAUCCUCUGGACCCUGCGGCGUAGAGGCUGGGCCCGGAGCAGGGACAUCAGCCGCUAUACUUACCCACAGCGGUGGGAUUCGAUCUGUGGCAGUAGAAAACCAGCUGCAGGCUCUUCUGGUGGAGGUGCAGUUUUUAGUCGAACGCGUUAAGGAGCAGGACCGGCAGCUCAGUUUGGCAGAGCAGUGGCAGUUUGCUGCAGCUGUCAUCGACCGUCUGUGCCUGAUGGGAUUCAGUGUUUUCAACAUUAUCUGUACCAUUGCUAUUCUCAUGGCUGCACCCAACUUUGGGGAAGCACUAUCAAAAGACUUCAUCUGACAGACCAAAAACAGAGAGAGUGGGAGACUUUAAGGCAUAAUGCAGAUAAGUAUUUGUUGGAAGCACAAUUGCUGUUAAUGACAAUGGUACAUAAAACAAAUAUUAAAUAUUUCCUAUUCAUUAAGCUGUGGUGGAUUGUGGCACAUGUGGAGUGGACUUCAGAAAUGUUAUGACACAAUUUUUGUGUGUGCCAUUUUUCAUGAUAGAAUAUCCACGGAAGAGGAUUAGGAACACAUGUUAAAAAAAAGUUUUGAAUUCUGAGUUUAAAGUCAGAAUUUUGACUUUAUUCUCAGAAUACUGACUUUAAACUCAGAACUCAAAUAAUCUUUUUCACAUGUGGCCCUGAUCCUCUUCCGUAAAUAUCACAUUUACUGUUCACACAUUCUUUUGGCAAUGGUUUAUAUGGAAGUUUGAUUGAUGUGUUUCUACUAUUAGUGGCACUCUAGUCCAAGUGAAAAAAUUUGUUUCAUGCAUUGAUAAUUUUAGUGAUUUUUAUUUCCAACUAUUGGACUAUCAACUGAAAUCUCCAACAAAGCAUCACAUGUUUUAUUGGAAUAUGGAUGAUGGUUUGUGGAUUUUGAUUCUUUUAAAAAAAAAGUUUGACAGUUAAAUAAGAAAUACAUAGUUUUUGGGAAUAGUUUUGUGAAUGAGGAUCCUAAAGAAAACGAAUGAGGAUCCUAAAGAAAACCGAUCCCAGAAUUUAGGUGAAAACUGGGAAGCAUGAUUUUGCUAAAUUUGUUUUAAAGUAUUUGUACUGCUGUCAUUGGAUGCUACAUGAAGCUGCUCAGUAGAGAAACUGGACAAUGAUGUGCUGCAUGUAAACCUGAAUUUUCUGACAAUACAGACCAGAGUUUCUGUGUGCUCUUUUGUUACACGUUUCCCCAAACACUAUUUAUACUGCGGUACACACAUUUUGUUACCACUGAUGGGUUUCUUUGCAGAAAACUUUUUAUUUAUUUAUUUCAAUUCAAUUCAAGUUUUUUUUUUCCAAUGUUUCCUUUUUAAUAGGAGGUCAUUGGGAUCAGUAUGUUUCCACAUGAAUAUACUCUUUAUCACAAUAAUACGGCCUGAACAUCAUGCAUGUAAUGGGAUGAUGACAUUGGUGAUUCAGUUCCACCUUUAACAAUCACAUUAGCCUCACGGUACACUGUAGUGGUCUCUCUUGUUUCUGAAUAUGGGACACACUUUGACAGUAACAGCUAGAACAAAUAUUUCAAAUAUUUAUUCAAAAUGUGGAACAAUGUUGUCCUUCAGUGCAAACAUAGACAAUUCAGAUUGCAACAUGUGAAAGAAAGAAGGGAUGGCACACACACACACACACACACACACACACACACACACACACACACACACACACACACACACACACACACACACACACACACACACACACACAGUGUAUGCAUAAAAAUAUAAUCUCUAUGACCCUGGCUUUGAAUGCCAAUCAUUAACAUUCAUUUCACAGAACACUUUGAAUGCCAAUAUGUUGUGACAGCGAGCUGUAAAUAUUGUAAAAUAAACAGCCUUGUCUUUUGUACUUUCUA